AUGGUGCACCACCCAUGCAGCUACCGUGGAGGUGGAGGCUCAAGCGACCACCGGCUGAAGCUGGAUGGCAAAGAGGAGAAGGCGGGACCACAGCCAACUCAAGCCUGCAAUAUGCCGGCUAGUACAGCCCGUCGCAAUGUCCCUAUAUGGCACUCUGGAGGUGGCUCACUUCACAAGCAUUGUCAGAGGGUGCCUGCUCAGCACGGCCUAUCAUGUGCAUCAUGGUGGUCCUGGAGCCCUGUUCGUGUGGCUGAUCAUGGAGGGUGGCAUGGAGGAACAAAGCAGGACCACAUCCACGCUUGGUGCUGGUGGGACUCUCCUACUCAACGUGGUGGUCUCUCGGUUACCUCUAUGGGCAUUGGAUGGGCAGCACCAUGA